AUGGCUGCCGCUCCUCAAGACCUCGCUGAGCGGGUCAAGGGCAAGUGCUACAUCGAUACCGAUGCUGGUGUCGACGACCAGACUGCCGAUGGCUCCGAGACUAAGCCUUUUAAGUCUCUUGCCUUUGCGUACAUUCAGAACAUUGACAGCCCCGGCCUCGACUACGUUUCGCGCGCUUCCGUAACCGGUGCUCUGGCAGAGGGCGAGGACCCCUCCGCACGACUGUCCUGGAAGGAGCCUGCUAAGAGUGCUAUCAAGAGAGCCCAGGCUGUAUUGGAAACUCACAAGAAGAAGCUCGCUAAGCAGGCACAGACCCAGGCUGCUGAAGAUGCGAAGAAGCAGCAGCGUCUCGCCAACCUUGAAGAGGCCAAGAAGAUUGUCAUUAAGCAGGAUGAGUCUCUGCCUGCUGCCGUCAAGAUCAACAUUGGUACACAGGACGUCGAGCUCGGCGAGGGCGACAAGAAGGGUGCUCGUGUCAAGGUCUUUGGCCGCAUCCACAGACUGCGUCCCCAGAAGCAGGCCAUCUUCAUCACACUUAUCGACGGCUUCGGUCUUCUCCAGUGCAUUCUUCAGUCUGGUGAUCUGACCAAGACGUACGAUGCUCUCACCUUUGCCCAGGGUACUUCGCUCGCUCUCUACGGCGAGAUGCGCAAGGUUCCCGAGGGCCAGAACGCCCCAGGUGGCCGUGAGCUGCACGUUGACUACUACGAGGUCAUUGGUACCUCUCCUGGUGACGACGAGGCCAUCACCAACAAGGUGUCGUCCUCGCAGAACCAGUGGGACCAGCAGAUGUUGGACAACCGUCAUCUUGUGCUACGUGGCGAGAACGCCUCUGCUUUGAUGAAGCUCCGUGCCAACGUCGAGUGGGCCUUUACCAAGACCUACCACGACAUGAAGUUCGUCAAGGUCGCUCCCCCCGCUCUUGUUCAGACCCAGGUCGAGGGUGGUGCCACUCUUUUCACCGUUCCUUACUACGAUGAGCCCGCUUACCUGACCCAGUCGUCUCAGCUGUACCUCGAGACUGUUCUUCCUAGCUUGGGCAACGUCUACUGCAUUGAAAAGUCCUUCCGUGCCGAGAAGAGUUUGACUCGUCGCCAUUUGUCCGAGUACACUCACGUCGAGGCCGAGCUGGACUUUAUCGACUUCAACGAUCUGCUUGAGCAUCUUGAGGAGAUUAUGUGCCGUGUCAUUGACACCGUCCUCGGUGACGAGGAGAUGGCUGCUCUGCUCAAGACUCUCAACCCCGACUUCAAGCGCCCCGAGCGCCCAUUUAUGCGCAUGAAGUACACCGAUGCCAUUGACUGGCUCAACGCCCAGGAUCCUCCCAUUCCCAACGAAGAUGGCAACCCCCACGUUUUCGGUGACGACAUCGCUGAGGCUGCCGAGCGUAAGAUGACGGACGCCAUCAACCGCCCCAUCUUCUUGACACAUUUCCCUACCGAGAUCAAGGCUUUCUACAUGAAGAAGGACCCCGAAGACCGCCGUGUCACUGAGUCUGUUGAUUGCUUGAUGCCUGGUGUUGGUGAGAUUGUUGGUGGUUCCAUGAGAAUGGAGGGCUACGACGAGCUCCUGGCUGCCUACGAGAAGGAAGGUAUUCCUGCCAAGGACUACUACUGGUACACUGACCAGCGCAAGUAUGGUACUUCCCCCCACGGUGGUUACGGUCUCGGUCUCGAGCGCUUCUUGGCCUGGAUGGCUAACCAGCACACUGUCCGCACCACUUGCUUGUACCCUCGCUUCAUGGGACGUUGCAAGCCUUAG